AUGCCACUCCGCUCUCUGUAUCUAGCCAAGUCUGGCGGAGGAACAAAUCGACGCUCUCAUUUCGCCCUCUUCAUCCCAAACGCAGGCUAUGAUCGGGACACUAUGAGUGAGGACUUUAGUUCUCUCAAGGCUAUUGGCACAAGAAUUCACGUCGUGGGAGAACCACUCAUGUCCGGUUUUGCAUUCGAGAUUCAUAGGAACUAUAACACUCAAGCCUACCCGGAUCUGAAAGAGUUGGUCUUUCUUGGGAAGAUUGACGAUUCAUUCAUUCACAACUACCCCGAAACUGAAUCAGGGAUAAGGGAGAAUACACCGAGAAGCCUUAUCGAACGACUUGCAGAGUCCGUACCUCCGCCUCCCAAAGGACAAAACAUCCGCGCACCAAUUGACGGGGUAAGGACCCUGUCACCUCAGGCCUUCGGCGACUCACAAUUUCUAUACAGGUGA